AGCGAUCACGGGGCGCCGGCCACAGUGAGAUAACACAGCCGGGCCAAGAAGAUGGGAGAUUUUACGGAGAGAUUUUCGCCCCUGUGAGGACGUGAGAAGGAUCAGGGAAAACAGCAAAGGAUCAUGGGAUGUGGCAUGCGGAAAGAGCACCCCAAGCAAUGUGACAGAGGUGACACCAUUGUUGGUCCUUAGAAAGUUCUUAUUUCUCACAUGAACGUAACGUUGUUCCCACCUUUCCUAGUGAGCCUUUCGGUUCCAGGUAAAUGACUUCAUUCCAUCAUAAUGAGUUUCAUGGUAAAUAGAAAUAUAUAUAUAUGUGUGUUUAACACAAGUAUAUGACUUUAUGCGCUCCUUCAAGCUGCCACCGCAAUUAGAGCAGCUCUGCUGAUCCAACGCUGGUAUCGUCAGUAUGUCGCUCGGCUGGAGAUGAGACGCAGAUGCACAUGGAACAUCUUUCAGUCUAUUGAAUACGCGGGAGAGCAAGACCAGAUCAAGCUGUACAAUUUCUUUAGUUUCUUGAUGGAGCACUUCACCCCAGCCAGCAGUGAGCGAAAGCUAAUUUCACACAUUUUCCGUGAGAACCAAGUCUGCCGUGACAUGGAGUGGGAGCAUUACUUUUGCUACAAGAGCAUCAAGGUGCCAGAUGGUUACACAGGCCCACGGCUGACCUUCCCCAUGACCUUCUGUGGAGUGUCCAAGCUGGUGGAGGCCUUCAAGCACAAACAACAGCUCCAUGCUCGCUAUGUUCUGCAACUUCUUGGGGAGACUUGGCAACUGUUGCGGAUCCUUCCAAAUAUCAACCACGUCUCCAUAUGCCAUACCAGGGAGCUAACUAUAUGCGGCGAUUUACACGGACACCUUGAAGAUCUACUGCUGAUAUUCUACAAGAAUGGGUUGCCUUCAUCAGAGAAACCAUACGUGUUCAACGGCGACUUUGUAGACCGGGGCAAAAACUCGUUAGAGAUCCUACUCAUCCUCUUUGGGUUCCUGCUGGUUUAUCCUAACAACGUCCAUCUGAACCGGGGGAACCACGAGGAUCACAUUGUUAACCUCAGAUAUGGGUUCACCAAAGAAGUUCUAGGAAAAUACAGGGUGCAUGGUAAAAAGAUCUUAAAGCUCCUCCAGAAGAUCUUCAGCCGGCUGCCCCUGGCCACAGUAGUGGAUCACAGGGUUCUCAUUGUGCAUGGAGGGAUCUCCGACUGCACAGACCUGAAUGUAAUAGCCAGACUGGACAGACACAAAUACGUGUCCACUCUGAGGCCUCCAAAGCAAAGCCUUCAAAGUGCUAGCAGUAGAAGGACAGAUGACAACUGGGAUGAGAAACCAGCAGAAAGUCGACGUCGGCUAUAUUCCCUGACUCAGGUGAGAUCCACUCCAACUCAUAGGCAUGACUUUCCACGCCGCUCGCUUCAAAACCUGCCUCAACCGGACCAACUGCACUGGUCAGUGGAGAUGGAGUUGAAGAAGAGGCGGAGACAAGCUGGUUUUGACCAGUCGUAUGGAGACCUAAAUAAAUCUGACUUUGACUCUGGUGACACCGAGAACGACGACCCUGAGUGGAAGCAAGUAGUGGACCUGCUGUGGAGCGACCCAAUGCCUCAGAACGGCUGUAUUCCCAAUGAGGUGCGAGGCGGAGGCUGCUACUGGGGUCCGGAUGUCACUGAGGAUGUUCUGGGACGACACAACCUGCAGCUUCUCAUCCGCUCACACGAGUGCAAACAAGACGGCUAUGAAUUCUGCCACAAUCGGAAGGUGCUUACUAUAUUCUCAGCUUCCAACUACUACGAAGUAGGCAGCAACAGAGGAGCCUACAUCAGGAUGGGUUCUGACCUCAACCCUCACCUUGUUCAGUAUCAAGCCAGCAGGACAUGCAGGGAGCGAACCCUGCGACAAAGUGUCGGGUGGACAGAGAGGUCGGCCCUGCGAGCACUGAGGGAACAAUUGUUCGUCCAUAAAUCAGAUCUCUGCAGUGCCUUCCAAGAGUUUGAUCCAAACAACACGGGUAUACGUAACCAUGCAGGACACAACAGUAGCAUACUAGUUCAAGAGCACCUCGUAGCAGCAUCAUUCUGCAAUCGCUGCUCUCUGUUACCAGGGUUGAUCACUGCGCGCGACUGGGCCAGUGCCACACAGAGUGUCCUGAAACUGGGUCUACCCUGGAGGGUUCUGCGUCCUCAGCUUGUGAGCAGCACCAAGCAGGGAAUGGUGGACUACCAGCAGUGGAUAAGAGAGCUCUCAUACACGGAGCCUCAUUUAGAGAUCUCAGACACUAGCAUCCUCGAGACCAUGUACAAGAACCACUCCAACCUUGAAACCAUCUUCCGGAUCAUAGACACAGACCACUCGGGUCUGAUCUCCCUGGAGGAAUUUCAUCAAACCUGGAAACUGUUAAGCUCACACCUUAAGAUGGACAUCAGCGACAAGGCCGUGGAGGACUUGGCUCACAGCAUCGACUUCAACAAGGAUGGGGUCAUCGAUAUCAAUGAGUUCAUGGAGGCGUUCCGCCUGGUGGGGGUCUCUACACAAGAGUAGGCAAAGCUGAGAAGUUUGGAUUGGCACGUUUUCAAGGAUAAAAAUGGGAACAUUAUAGGGACUCUAAUGCAAAGUUGUCACUAUUGUUGACGCCGUUUGUUGAACAGCAUGCUCUCAGGGUCGUGUACAUUCGGAAACGUUACCUUUUAGUAUGUUGACGUCCACCAUGAUGCUAUUUCUGUUGUCUACGCUGGUGUUUCAAGAAAAAACAGAUUGGAGUAUGUCAAUAACAGAUCUUGUUGAUUAGGUAAAGCUGCAUAAUGUAUUGCGAUCCACUGUUUUACAAUUUUAGUUACCUUAUUUUGCAUCAGAAACAGCUCAUUAUGCAGUGAAGGUCUACACCUGUCUAAAAUUACAAUAUGAAUUAUAUGGAUUUAAAUUGUAAAUAUGUAUUAAUGAAAUUACAUUGGAUAUUUAGUCAUCAAUUUUAAAACCUAUGACUAAUAUUGUUAAAUACACAUUUGCACGUGUCUAGAGAGAUUCACUUGAGUCACCAGUCACAGUGCAUGGGCACAAACUAGCACAUUCUCUAUAAAUUGUGAAUCGGGUUUUUGCACCACAAACUAAAGACCCAACGUUAUUUUUUUUUUUUACAUUUUUCAAUAGUUAUUAUUUUAUUAUUACAAGGACUUGAUGGACUUCAGAGCAUUGAAUACAAAGUUUAAGUAAACAAUAGAGACCUUCAGAAAUAAUCUCUGUGGAAGCAGCUUAAUCCACUCUUCUGCCUGCCAUCUGUGGUUCAUCAGGGCGGGGGUGUGAAUCCGCAAAGCGAAUCCUAUCAAGUGAAGCCGUACUUUGAUGAGAUGUUGGAAAAAGCUCGCCUGAGGAGGUAAACAUGGUGGACGUGAGGUGACUGUAAGCAUUGUAAUAUUUAAGUUCACAUUCCCUGGCAGAAGCAUCAAAAUGUCUGCAACAAAUUGGAGUGUUUUGCACACAAACAUAAAAGUUCCAUUUGGAGAGGAGUCAACAAGGCCGACAUCAUUUCUACUGUGAAACACAGAAGUGGUUCGCUGAUGUUUUGGGGAUACGUGAGCGAUACGUGAUGGCAAUUGAUGGCAAGAUGAAAGAAGCAUGUUAUCGGAUAAAAUGUGCACUUAUCAGACUGGACACUACGUGUGGGAUACAUACUUGGCUGUUCUAACAUAACAAUGAUCCAAAACACAAAACCAAGCCAACCCGUCCUUGGCUACAGCGGAAAAAAGUGAAGGUUCUGAAGUAGCCUUCUCAGUGUCCUGACCUCAAUAUAUUUUAGCCACUGUGGGAGAGCUCAAUAGUGCAGUUCAUGCAAGACGGUCCAAGAAUUUACCGGAACUGAAGGCUUUUUGUCGAGGAAAAUAGGAAGCUUCACCAUGUGAGAUAAAGUGUCUCGUCUACAAUGACCACAAAAGACGUCCAACGCUGUCAUUGACGUUAAACGGGACCUAUUAUGCUUUUGCCACUUUUCUGACCUAUAAAAGUAGUUAGACUGUAAUAUUCUUGUGUUAAACGAUGUCCAAGUUUCAGAUAAUGAGGUUUGUAUAUUUGGAAGUUAGCGCUAAAAGAAGUUUAGGAUGGCUCAAAAUGCUCGGUUUCAAAAGCCGUGGUAAAACCGCCCCUUUGUGAUGUCACAGAAGGGCGGACUCCCUUGCAUAUAACUCUCCACUUUCCUCUAAUUUUUUAAUGUAUUAUGAUCCCCAGAAAUGUAUUUUCCUUCACCCUUGCAAUGUCUGCACCGUCUAUUUAUAUUUAGUCAUAUGUGUCCUUUCUAUUAAAAUAGACAAGCACAAAUCCAAGAAAAUAAAGCUGGAAUAGGUGCAGAUUCUGGAAAAUCUAAUAUAUUUUCUGUGCGGAUUAUUGCGUGUAGCUGCUCUACUGGAGUACACAACUCAAUACAAAUGGCCGAAAAAUGACUAGAGUAUGUAAAAAACUAGAGUAUGUAAAUAUUUGAUCAGGGUAAUUAUUGUUUAAUAAUAAAAGGCUUCAACAACCUUACCAUGAGUGAAUUAAAAACUUUCAUAUUUUCACUAAUAUUCUCUGAAAAAUGACCAAGAACCCAAAUUCUGCCAGGGUACGUCAACUUAUGAGCCUCCCGAAGGGAAAAGAUGUAGCAGAGAGGUAAAAGGUUUCAACCGAAAUGACAUUUUAAUAACAUUCUAAUAUAAAAGCAAUACAAAGAUGUAUAUACAAAUGUCUUUCAAUCAACACAUCUUUUCACUCCAGGUCAAAGUCUCAUAUCCAUAAUUUGAUUUGACAUGAAGGCUAUUAAUAGGCACUGUAAGCUUUCUUUAGCAGUCCAGAAACCACAGAUUAGUCAGUCGUUGAACCUGCAAACAAAUCUAGUCCGACAUCGUCCCCCAGUUGAAGCAGCGUGAUUGAUACGUACAUCUGUGGGUGACACAUCUGUGAAUGGAUAUUGACUGUUUGUGUGUGUGUUUGUGUGUGUCUUGCUCGGCUCAACUCAGGAUGCCACCUCGUACAUGUCCACCGUCACUGAGUCCGUGCUCGAUGAGUUUGAUGUCUUCCAAGUCGUCUUUGAUGACACUGAUCAAGUGACUCAAGCCGUCCUGCUGCUGUUUCAAGUGCUGAAUAGAGAAACAAACAUGUCAAUACGGACCCUAAAGACCUUACAGGGAGACGGACAAUGUCAAGAUGUGGCAGUAAAACACUCACUUGUUUGAUUUCUCGGAGCAGGUCGGCAUCAACGCUGUAGCGUUCCUCCGAUCGCACGGCGCCAAAGUGAUUCUGCAUUCGGAUUUGGGACAUCAGUUCAUUCAAGCGACCCUGAAGAGAAUUAAAAACGAUAUCUAUAUUUGAAAUACUUGUCAAACUCCAUGCUUCUGUCAAAACUCCAGUCCAUCUGCCAAUGACCUAAAUACAUGCUAACAAAAAGAGUCCAAACAUUAGUAUUAAAACCUAGUUGUACACGAAAACCCACCUUGAACUGUGUGGGGGCGUUGAGUUCCGACUGAAUGGUGUCCAGCUGCACCCUGAGGUGCUCCUCGUCCACCUGGAUGGCGUAACCGCUUUUCCUCUGAAUCUCCUGUUUGAUCAACACCUUUGCAGGGAAAAGGGGGUGACGUGGAGCAAUUAAAAGCAUGGAAAACAAUGGUGGAACCAACGGGAAAGGAUAGUGUGCUGGUGCUAGAAGGUACCUGCAACACCCUGUGAGAGAGAUCCAUCAGCUUCCGCUUGUAUUGGGCGAUCUUGGCCACUGUGGUGGCCUGGUUCUUCUGAAGCUCGCUGAUGUCAUUGGAGACAAUCUAUAAAAAGUAUGUUUAGAAGUUGAACCACAUUUUAGAAAUUAAAAGCAGAAAACU